CCUGCUUAGAAAUCCUCGGACUACGACGCGCGCUAUAUUUCCACCUGCAUUCCCUCCUCAGAAAUGGAGUUUUCCACUUUUUCUCCAGAAAUUGCAGGCGAUUUUUACGAGCGCUUCUCAGUCUCUGUUGGUCCCUUCAAUGUCACCUUCUCCGAGGAUCUGCUGCGCGUUCCUUCAAACAGCAGCGAGAUCAACGUAGUCUCAAGGAGGGACACUACAAGUCUCAUUAUCGCCGUUUGUAUCACGGCUCUCUACUCUCUCGUCUGUGUGGUGGGGCUGCUGGGAAACGUGCUCGUAAUGUACGGGGUGGUCAGGUACACCAAGAUGAAGACGGCCACUAAUAUCUACAUCUUCAACCUGGCCCUUGCUGAUGCCCUUGCCACGAGCACCCUCCCCUUCCAGAGUGCCAACUACCUGAUGAGCACAUGGCCAUUCGGGGAGCUGCUCUGUAAAGUGGUCAUCGCUAUUGACUACUACAACAUGUUCACUAGCAUUUUCACACUCACUAUGAUGAGUGUGGACCGCUAUGUAGCUGUUUGUCAUCCUGUGAGAGCUCUUGACUUCCGCACACCUGCCAAAGCUAAGCUCAUCAAUGUCUGCAUCUGGAUCCUGUCUUCUGUUGUCGGAGUCCCUGUGAUGAUCAUGGCUGUAACCAGGGUGAAAGAUAAAGGAAACACUGUCUGUAAACUCGGAUUCCCCAAACCUGAGUUGUACUGGGAAAUAGUGAUGAAAAUCUGCGUCUUCAUCAUUGCCUUUGUGGUUCCAGUCCUUGUCAUCACCAUCUGCUAUGGGUUGAUGAUUCUGCGGCUCAAGAGUGUUCGUCUGCUCUCAGGCUCCAAAGAAAAGGACCGGAACAUGCGACGGAUCACUCGGAUGGUCCUGGUGGUCGUAGCUGCUUUCAUUAUCUGCUGGACUCCUAUCCACAUCUUCAUCAUUGUCAGGACCAUGGUUGAUAUUGACAACAAGAACCUGGUGGUGGUAGCCAUCUGGCACCUGUGCAUCGCACUGGGUUACACAAACAGCAGUUUGAACCCGGUACUGUACGCCUUCCUGGAUGAGAACUUCAAGCGGUGCUUCAGGGAUUUCUGCCUCCCCUACCGCUCCCGGCUGGAGCAGAGCAGCUUCUCCAGAGCACGAAACAGCACCCGGGAGCCUGUGUCUGUUUGUGCUCCUGCACCCACAGAGAGACCGCCAGCAUGACUAGACAUGGGUCAGCUGGGGGGCAGGACAGUUCAGGACGACCUCCAGACUGAGGUCACACAGUUCUCCACCACAGGAGUCUGAGGCUGUGUGUAGGCGUAUGACCUACUGCUCAUUGUAAAUGGUCGAUUGAGUUUUUGGUUUCAUGAAAUUAAACUUGUACUGAAUGUCCUGAUAUGGUUUGUGAGACACAUCUCUUUGGAGAUUGUCUGCUAGGUUGCGAACAUGCUUGUGUGUGCCUGUUCAUAUCAAACCUAAGGAAGUGGAUACACAUGUACAAGGAGUGAAUACAGAGCACAUGCAUGAAGUAGUGAUAUAGUAUGAAGAAACACUUGUUGUCAAAAUAUUUUGAGGGUGGACUUUUCUUCAGCGCUGGGGCUCAUUCAGUUUCUACCAAUUUAGAUACUGUGUCAGUAAGCCAAGUGAAACCUUGAUCCCAUCAAAUCAACAACAGAUGGUUUGAUGGGAUACAUUAGAGAAAAACAUUAUGACACAAUACAAUAUGAUAAGAUACAGCAUUUCUAUAGGGUACAACUGAUUAAAUAUGAAGAUACAAGAUGAUGUGAUACAGAAGAUACAAUAUGUUACAAUUCACAUAAUGUCCGUCUUAGGAAAUUUGAAUGCUGCUCAUACUGAGCUGUCACAACAAUAUUACCAAUAAAUGACAACAAUGUCCAUGUGACCACAUUAGAAGAAAACCACAAACUGUAAGCCCUCACACUUGAUGUUUUUCUUUGUUGAAAGCCAUUUUUUUUCCCAAAUUGUUAAAGUUACAUCUGGUUCUGCAACCAGAGCAGCUGCCAUUGUUCCUCUAACUGAACAAUUACUGAGACUCUUCAGCCCAGUCAGGGAACACACAAUUGCUCUGGAAAAAUUACACUCUUGUUGUCAUUGUGAAUCUGUUUUACAUCCUACUCACACAAAUUGAUGGGUAAAAUAAAACAGGGUCUUGCCUCAUGUAGAAGUGAA